CAUAUAAGUGCCAUGGCCAGGAAAAUGCCAUGAACAGUGUGAAAUACCAUGAGCGAAAGAACAGUACGAAUACCAAGAAACCUGUGAAGCGUGUGGCUACUAUGAACGUAACACUGUCUGGAAUGAACAGACCAGUGAUGACCCAGUGACAGUAAUGAAUAGAAGCGGCUGUACUGGAAUAAAACAGAUGGUGCUGUAGGAGUAGUCAUGUUAAAUGGUGCCAUCUGGAGGUUACAUUAUAGAAAACUCCUCCAAAAUUUCUAAAUACAGGGGAGUUGCGAUCGCCAUCAAAACUACUGUAGCAUUCACACUGAAGGAGGUCACAUCAGACCAACAGGGCAGGUUUCAGAACUGGCUUGCUCCACAUCUGACGCUUCCUCCUCCUGAUCUUCAGAGUUUCUCUGGGAACUAUAGUGAUGAUGGAGAAAGCUGGAGACCUGUUGAGAUUUCUCGAUUGUCUAGUAAAAGACAACAUGACUUGGCCGACCAGAGGAUCUGCAAAAAAUUCACCAAAAAGAAAACUUGCAGCAUUGAAGGAAUACUAAGGAGGACAGAGAGGUUUCAGAAGUGGAUGGCACCUAAACGUUUAACCCCUGAUUUAGUUCAAGUGGGUGCUUGUUUUUCUAUCUUUCCUAGAGCAGAGGGAUGGCCUUUUUCAAAGUAUUUGGGUUCGUGUGGGCGGUUGUUUGUGAGCACAAGUACUCAUGCAUUGACAUCCAUCAAUGUGGCAAUGUAUAAUUUUAUAAAGAGCAUUAUUAACUUAGCUCAUAUAGGGGUUAACUGCACUUCAGGAGGGCUUCGCUACUCCACGGGAAUACAUGCACAAAUAAAAGAAAAAUCAAUGUAUGAAAUUAAGCCUGAAGAAAUUGAUAUUUUCAGCUGCCUAUCAUCUGACUGUCCACCAACGCUUUCAUCUUGUGUCAAUAUUACGGAGAAACAGAACAUAAUAUUAAUAUGUAAGGACCUUCUGCCUUACAUAAUGGCUGGAAAAUUUCCAGAUUUCACCCGGGAAAUUGACAAACUUCUUAAAGAUUGCUCAAAAAACAUUACUAAUGACCUGGAGGCACGGAAGUUUAUUAAUGGACUAAUGGAGAUCUUAAAACCUUGGAGAAAAUGUGAUGCCCGAUUUGCAUACAGAUAUCCAGAUUGUAAAUAUGACUAAUGGGAUUAUAUGAAUGAAUGUAUUAAUUUCAUGGAAAACACAAGGCAAAAUAUUUCACUAUAAAAUAAGCACUUUUAAGGUUUUCUACACCUCAGGACGUAAUCUACCUUUCCCAUUCCCGCUUUUCACUGGUUCUUGGGCCUGUCUUGGUAUACAUUAAAUGCCCACUCAUGCAGUGGCACAUUAUUUUUACAAUUAUUAUUAUAAUUAUGCACAGAGACAGACCACUGUGCACCAACAUAAUGCGCCAAAGACCAAAAGUCGCACUUAGUAAAUUGCUAACUACGGCAAAAGUAAAAACUUAAGGGAGAGUUAUCAAAACCUGUGCAAAGGAAAAGUUGCUGAGUUGCCCAUAGCAACCAAUCAGAUCGCUUCUUUCAUUUUGCAGAGGCCUUGUUAAAAAUGAAAGAAGCAAUCUGAUUGGUUGCUAUGAGCAACUUUUCCUCUGGACAGGUUUUGAUAUAUCUCAGCCAAA